AUGGAGGUCAUCGGGCACUACAACCCGACGUCGGAGCCGGAGACGAUUGAGCUUGAUCGCCAGCGUCUGCAGCAUUGGCUGGAUCGUGGCGCGCAGUUGACCGACACGGUGCGGACGCUGGUGGCGCGGCAUCCGGAAGCGGCCGUAGACAAUGCGGAUGCCGCUGCCGUGGAGGCGCCGCCCGCCGCCGAGCCGCCGCCGACCGCAGAGGCGGCGGCCACGGCCGAGCGCGACUGUCCGAAGAAUCGCCGGCCGCUACAGAGCCGCCGGCCGCCGCCGAGGCGCCCGCCACGAGUGAGCCUGAGGCAUGCGACGGGACCGCGCCGGAGGUGGAGGCGUCGUGAGCCGCGGCGCGCGACGUCGUCGAGGUUGUGGCGCGCGCGCUCGUGGAGCAUCCCGAGGAGGUUGUCGUCGCAGAGCCGAGCGGCGGGACGGGACGCGCGUCACACUGACCACCGCCGACGGUGA